UUUUGACACUUUGCAGAAAAUCAAGUACUUCAAAUGCGCGAAGCUCGGUGCCGGUAUUGUGUUUACGAUCUUCAAGUUGUAAGCUCAGUUCCCGGUCCCUUGUGACUACUCGCAGAUUUACCUGCGAAUAGUCACAUCCCCCUCCCUUUAUGUUUAGGCAGGCUGUCUGCUAGUUGACCAACAAAGCAAGUGGACUGCUGUCACAGACCAACCUAAAGUCAAAAUGAUUCCUCCUUUUAAGUCCUUUGUUUAUUCAAGCCCGAAAUAGCCACUUCCGUGAACAAAUGAAUUUUUUUUUUUUCAAGUGGCAAUCCAACUGAACCCUAUUUUUCUUAACCAGUAUCUGUCAAUGAUUUUUAUAAUCAGCCUAUCAUAAAACAACAACCUUUCUUUCUUUAUCACUCUGUUGACAUGUCUGUAAGCGACCCCUUAAUCAAAGAACUGAAGGGACACCUCCGUACUCUAAUUGAAAAACACUUUGGAUCUGAUGGAACAAAAAAGACACCAGUUACUGAUGAAAGUGAGGAACUAGUCAAAUUCUGUGAGUCUCUGGAAAAAGUUCUUUCUAAGGGACUGAAGCCUCAGCUCUCACCUCUGGGUUUUGGUCGGGAGGGAGAUGUUUGGACUUGGAUGUCAUUUUUUGGAGAUCAACGCAAAGGAGCCACAUUUGGUUAUGAGUAUGCAGUCAGCUCUGUGAAGAAGGAUUCCAAAGUAUCCAGCAAUAUUGGACGCAUGCGUCUUCUUAUUCGAACAUGCCUUUCUCACCACUGUCUCUUUAAACCUAUUGAAAUGAUUGUUUCAAACCAACAAUUAGCAUCCAGAUGGUACCACAGUACAAAUUCGAUUGUAGCUCAUGAAAUUCUAGGUGAAAUUUUACUGUCAGUGAUGCAUCAGGUUGGCCAGCUUGUGUUCCACCUGGAUAUUACCAACUCUUUUUUUCUGGAUGAAAGCUGGCUUAUACCACCCAGGCAAAAAUUUGAAUUUGUCCCAAGCAAAGAGCUUGGAAUUUGUGUAAUUUUUGUUCGAGGAAAAGGUGUGAUCGUUGGUUUAAGAGAAUAUGGUGUGGCAGCUGAAAACGAAUCCAUUUCAAUCGGUGAUGUUCUUGAAGAAUUAAAUGGUGAAGUUGUAUUAGGAACUAUGAAGGGACGACUCUCCACUGCAUUGCGUCGAAACAUAGGGCAGCCAUCUACAUUGAGCAUAAUAAAGGCUAAUCAUCCAGACUCUGGAAAGCCAUACCCUCCUUUACAAUUUCUCAAGAGAUUAGCAAACGCUGAUCCUUCAGAGUUGGAACGACUGCAGUUUUCCACUACUACCAACUCAGAUAAGAAAAGCCCUUACCUUAAACCUGCCAACGACUCAUUUAUGGUUACAAAAGGGACUGGAUAUCCUGUUAUGUAUGCUGGUUCAGUCCCAGUCGGUGCUAAGGGUGAUUUCAGUCUCGUUGAAACGGCUGUGGAAACAAUUUUCAAAGCAGAAGAACGAAGUCCGCUACAACCAGUGCUACUGGAAUGCCAAGAAAUGAAUGUGCGAGUUGUCAACCAGAGCAGUGGAAAGACUCUAAUGCGCCAUACAUUCAUGCAAAUAUCAUCGUGUGGAAGCAGUUAUGAGAGAGAGGGUUACUUUGGGUACAUUGCUGGAGAUGAGAGCUGUAACAUCGCUAAAGAAUUCACAUGCCAUGUGUUUUAUUGGAAGGAUGACGAGCGAGUCAAUGUUAUUCUUAAUAGCAUUGCUCAGGGCUUUCAGCGGACUCACUAUGUAGUGUAAUUAGUGAGCUUUCUUAUUUAACCUCCAAGUUUACAGCACAAAACACACCAACCUGUAUAGUAUUAGUGGGAGGUCUUCUUUGGUUUGUUAUUCUGUGUUUUUGCAAUUGUGAUAUUUGUUUUGUUGUUUUUGUAUUAUCUUGUUUGUUUUAACACUGUAACUUUAUUUGAGUAAUGUUUCAGUUGAGAUUUUAUAUUUUAAAUUUUAAGUACUAUACCUUUAAUUUAAUGUGACCUAGUAGUACUUCUAAAAGUAUUGUCAAGCUAUUUAUUAGGUGUUAGUCUUCCAAAGCAAUUCUUGCCUAUCUCAUCAUUGCCUAGUUUCAUAAUUUUGGAAAUUUGCCUAGAAAGUGUCCAGUCUUUUCAUUUUUGGUUACUAAAAUUAGUGAUGGUUACCAAUUCAGUGUUAGCAUAUCAAUUUAAAUGAAGUUUUGCUCAUAUCAUGGUGAUCUUUUGUGACAUAUUUUAAAUCCAUUUCAAAUAGGAUUUAAAAUUUGCUUUGAAUUUAAAUACUUGUGGCCAAUGCAUCCAUUUUUCACAAUAUUUUGUACAACAAUAAGUGCAAACCACAAGGGCCUUUUUUUAUUCAUAUUAGGUAUAUGUAUUGUUUGUGUCUGUCGUGAGUUGUACUUAGCAUGCAACCAAUAGAUUUUCGGGUUCUAAAAUUAUAGGAUUUUGAUACAGUGUAAAACUUUCCUGUCAUAUCUUGCAGAGCAUAUCUGUUCAUGCCUCAAAAGAAUUCUGGAUCUGUGUGAAUCUUGUAUUUCAAGCACAAUGUCCAUUUGAAUGAUCAAAUCAAGUGGCGUCAAUUGACACUUUUUUGUCCUGUAUGUUUUGCCAAAGAAAUACACACACACCUGGGGUAUUUUUGAGUAUUCAGUGAAUAAAUUUUCAAUCAUCUCA